ACAACAAACAACCCCUCAUCCCAUUUCAUCUCUCUCUCUCUCUCUUCUUUUUCUCUCACUACCUUCAUCAAUGGCGGACUACCAGAGAACCCAAUACGGCCAACAGCAGCAACAACAACACCAAACCCCAAGCGAUGCCAUGAAAAGCUUCCUCCCCGAAAGUGGUCCCUCAGCUCAGCAAAUUCUCACCGUCGUCACCCUCGUCCCUCUCGGCGGAAUCCUCCUCCUCCUAGCCGGACUCACAUUAGCCGGAACUCUCCUCGGCCUCGCCCUCUCCACGCCGGUCUUCGUCAUCUUCAGCCCUGUUUUAGUCCCCGCCGCCUUCGUCAUUGCCGCCGCUGUAACUGGAUUCUUGACUUCCGGCGCUUUCGGUAUCACGGGCCUCUCGUCACUGUCUUGGCUGGCCAAUUAUCUUCGCCGGAUCAGGAUGACGCCUUCUACGGCGCUUCCGGAGGCGGCGGACUAUGCUAGGCGGCGCGUGCAGGACUCGGCGGCGUAUGUGGGCCAGAAAACUAAGGAGACUGGGCAAGCGAUACAAAGCAAGGCCGAGGGAACGAAAACAUAAACGAGCCCAUUAGAUACUUGGAUUUGAUUCUCUCAACCUCGUCACCUUAUUUCUCUCUUGUUUUUCUUUCUUUUUUUUUUAUUUAUUUUGUAAUGUUUUUUUUUUUGGGUUUAGUUUAAAUUAUGUAAUGGUUGAGUUGUAAGUUGUAAACUUUUUAUGUAUGUAAUAAAAGCAUGUUUAAAAAAUAAA